AUGCUGGGUGUAGAUGAGCAAAUCGAGCGGAAGGUCGAGAAGCAGAGCGCAGCACAGCUUGUGGAGGACGCGAUCAGAAUGGGUUACCGCCACAUUGACUGUGCCUGUGACUACGGAAAUGAGGUGGAGGUCGGCCGAGGCCUUUCCCAGUCCCUGCGAGCAGGCCUUUGCACGAGGCAAGAACUCUGGAUCACGUCGAAGCUUUGGAACACGUAUCAUCGUCCGGAGCAUGUCCGGGCUGCCUGCGAGCGGACGCUUCAAGAUUUGGGCCUCGAGUAUCUGGACCUCUACUUGAUUCACUUUCCGAUUUCCUUGAAGUUCGUCCCAUUUGAGGUGCGCUAUCCGCCUGAGUGGAUUUACGAUCCGCUCUCCGAGAAACCUCAGAUGCAGCUCGAGGAGGACGUGGACAUCGUCCAAACUUGGAGAGCUAUGGAGUCGCUGGUUGAGGCCGGCCUUGUUCGAUGUAUAGGCGUGGCAAACUUCUCCAUGCAGCUGCUACAACAUCUUUGCAGCGUCUCUCGGAUUCGCCCGCAGGUGAAUCAAAUUGAGCUGCACCCGUUCCUGGCCCAGGAGCAGCUUGUGCGGUUCUGCCAGUCCAUGGGCCUUGCAGUGAUUGCCUUCUCUCCACUCGGGGCUGGCUCGUACGUUUCUUUAGACAUGGCUUCUGCCGACGAGUCCAUCUUGCAACAUCCGCUCGUCUUAGAGUUGGCUGAGAAGUAUGGCAAGACAGCUGCGCAGAUCAUCUUGAGAUGGGGCCUGGAUCGCGGUUACGCUGUGAUCCCGAAGAGCAGCCGUCCUCAGCGCCAGGCGGAAAAUCUUCGCAUUUCAGACUUCGCGCUGGCACCUGAGGAGGUGGCCGCCGUCGCGGCUCUGAAUCGAAAUCGGCGUUUCAAUGAUCCCGGAGUAUUUUGCCAAGAAUGGGGAGCCUGCGGAGGGGAUGCGCGCCGCGAUGCAGGCCAGGACAAGACGGCUGCCAACAUCUUCCGCUCUGAGCCUGUGCAGACAAGAGAAAUCCGUGACGCAGAGAUUGACUGUGUGCUCAUGCAGAUACAGGCACAUGCCAUGCUAGGCAACUUCGAGGAGGCGUUCAAUGCAGGCGUGGAGCACGGACGUCGUUUCAAAGAUCUCCAGAACCGCCGGGGUGAGGGAUGCGUUCUCAUGAAGCUGGUUGAUCUGCACCGCAGACGACUGGAGACGGACAAGGCCAUGAAGGUGCUGCAGUUCAUCCCCAAUCUGUUCAGCCUCGCCGGCGAUCGUGUCCAGGAGGGACGGGCCUUGGAGCAAAUCGCGCGUAUUCUCUUGGAGAAGGGCGAUAUCCUCCAGGCGCAGAAGGUGGCCGACGCGUGUGCCAUGAACUUCCGCAAGUACGGAAGCCGCUUCUACCGCGGGCGUGCCGCGCUGCUUGCGGCCGAUGUGCAGGCAA